AUGGAUGACGAGGAAGACUUUUUAAGGAUACAAGAAGAAGGCCUGAAAUCCGACUUUCAGGACUUGAAAGCCCAAAUUGAGGAGAAUGAAAUAAUUCACGGUAUUCCUUCAAGAGGAAUGAGCUCUUUCUACAUUCCACGCGAUCCGGAGCACUUUCGACGCAGACGCAAGCUUAUUCUGCAACGAACCCUGCAAGUGACCUCACCCAUGGAACUGGUGGUUCAGGCAGACCAGAUGGUUGCCGAUCAGGAAACUUGUAAAAAAGGCGAAUUUAAUGCUUCUACAAUCCCUCCUCUUCUACUUCAGUACUUCUUGGACAGAAUGAGUGAGAUUGUGAGUGCAAAGCAUCUGCUCAUGCUACGCUGGAAACGCUACUGCUCAGGCACCAUGAAAGUUGAGAAAGUCUAUAAAGACUACCUUCAGGUUAUCGAACGUCUAACAGAGGAAUACCUGGAGUGCAGUUCCCGAGCUCAUCGAUUAUCCACGGCAGAUGAGGCCUUAUUAGCUGGAAAUGAUGGAGGUCUAGAGGAGGUGGAAUUUGACGACUUUUUGAUCUACUGGAGAGCGAUUAUCAUUAAGUUACAAUCACAGACCUACUUUAAACAGCUCAUCCAAAAACAGCCCUACCACCUAUCUCACUACGAAGAGGACGGUGGUAUUCGGCAGAUGCUAAACCUUGUCCUGGAAAAAGGUCCGGCAACAGUCCGUGCUGCACUGGCCAAUGGGGUGAGCAGCAGCACUAGUGAAGAUGGUGGCGAACCAAUUGAAGGUGCUGUGGAGGCUCCUGUUUCCGCUGUUCCUACCGCUGUCACCUCCACGGCGGAGACUGAGAAAGACACCGACACAGACGAGGCUGCAGGUGAGGCGAGUGCUCCUGCUGCCAUGGAUGCCCCCAGUAAAUUAAGCAACUCGGAGAGUAACGAUGGUGUAAGUCAACGAGCAGAGGAGUUGAUGGUUCACACCGGUGGCACGACCAGCUCACAGGAUGGCGCAGCUCCAGGUGCACCUACUCCACCUAAAUCAUCCGCCGUUACGUCUACCACUAUCGGUACUUCGGCAACAGGAGCCAUAGCGGCAUCAGUACCAACAGAAUCGUCUUUGCGUGCAUCUAAGAAACGCGGGCAGACAAUGACCGGGGGUAUUGAGUUGGGCGCGAUUGAUCAGGCAUUUCGAUUCUCUGAGCACGCACCCCAGCCCCCCGGAAUGUUUAUGGCGCAGUUGGGUGGAUCAGGUAUCCCUCUGCCUCCCACGACAACAAACAUUCAGUACGCUGCGAGUGGAGGUGGCCUUGUGAUCAACGAACGAUACCACGGUCUACCUCUUCACACCAAUGAUCUGGCGAGUAUUCGACCCCACUUGACCAUUUUUGUUAAGGCCUAUGGAAUUGACAUUAAUAUUCAAACAAUCCGCUCGGCAGCAGAUGAAAUGGAGCUUUUUGCAGUGAUUAAUAGAAAUUUUCGACGAUUGUUUUUAGAGCAAGAGGAGAUGCUAACUUUUAAAACCUACGACGCGACAUCAAGUGGUACGGAGCGCUGGGGCUUGGACUCACCGUCACAUGCAAUGAAAAAACCUUCCAAUUGGCUACCGUUUAUAAAAUUGAAGCCGAAACGAAAUGCUGAUCUGGUGAAGAGCAUGAUGGAAUUGCGCUGUGUCGGCAAUGUCGACGAGGUCCUCCGCUCAUUAGCUGCCUUCCUAAAGAUUAAUAAGCCUGAGCGUGUACAAGAUGCUCUUCGGCACCAUGCUAUGCUAGUUCAACACCCACCAAUCGUUCACGCAGCCUCUGUCGUCAGUCAUCGACAAGGGAUGAGUCUUAGCGAAAUCUUUCGCAAGAUUUUCUCAAGCCCCGAACUCUACGAUGAAACCACCGUAAACGAAUCCAAGGCCAGUGGACGAAGUACCUAUGACUUCAAUAGUGCUAUGCAGAUGCUGGGAUUAGACGAGCAAACCGACGCCAAAGACGACUCAUCAAGUGUUCAGGGUGGCUAUCUAUCCUUCCUCCAUCUGCGACACCUCAAAAUGCGUGAUGUUCAACGCACCUGCAUCUCAGUCCUCAACUACUUUCGUUCAAUUGAACGCACACUGACAAUCAAUGAUCAGGGAUUGUCGCUAGGCGGCCGUGGAGCAGAACGAGUGAGUCCCCAGAAUCACCGAGCAGGGCCUGAGCUGCCUGGCCAUCAGGGUGGCAGCAAUAAUCUCGUCGGUCAUUCCUACCUAUUCAGCACCCCACGUGAUUUCAGGAUCAAGGAGAGUGAAUUCAUGCAGUUUGCAGAUGUGGAGAAUCAUGACGACUUCUACUACCACAAGGACUGUCGAAUUCAUGUUCGUGAUCAAGUUGGCUACUGGAUCGUCUACGAUUGUGCAUUGGAUGAUUUUAAUGAACUAGAGAGAGAUCUCAUGUUACUGGCAACUCAUUUUAUCCAAAAGGACAAGGCCAUGCGCUCCGCCUCCAAUUUUAAGCGUAAACAGACCGCUAAUGAGCUAAUGGAUGUCUACAUGGAAGCCUAUCAGCACGUCUGUUCACGAGAGAGUCGUAGGCGGUUGGCUCAAGUAAUGGUGGAUUUGAUGUACCAACGACCCCGGAUUGAGCUCAACUGCACGUACUUUGUACUGGCCUAUCGCUAUGAAUGCGCCAUUCUUCGACUUAAAACGGCCGUCAUGAAGCAUUGUCUCAAUGCACAGAUUCAACAACAAAGGGAAUACUUUAUAAAAUUGGGAACAACUGGUUCAGAGGAUGGCUAUCCAAUUCCCCUCAUCACUCAUAACCCUAUAAGUCCCAAUUCGGAUCAACCAGCGCUGACGCCCUGUUACCUCCUGGAGUUGCAACCCUCCCUGGCAAUGGCAGCCAACUUGGCUGAGGCAAUGCAACAGGCAGUCAAUGUGACCUUUGACAUGCUAAAUCCAACUCGUAUGAUCGAUGAGUUGGUACUGGAGAAACGCUUCUAUGAGGUUCUUCACUACGAGGUGUUAAAUUUAGAACCUCCAGGACUCUCCUACACACAGGCUCUGCAAAGAGAUCUCUUCGCCAGCUCCUACGUAGAGGACGCAAAACAGAUGUCCAAUCUGUUGCGCGAGCGGUACUUCAGCAUCCAGGAUACAAAUACUCGUGGAGAUAAGCAACAACGCAAGGCCUUCCUCCUUAACCACCUAGGUCAGAUGCUUGAUGUGGUGGUGUUGCGUCAUCGUCUUAUCACCUGUCUCUGGGAGACGGAAGUGCUGGCCAAGAUCUACCUGCGCACUGCCAUCGAAAUGGGCUAUGAUGAAUUCCACCUCUUCCUCCGGCCCCUCCAAUUUGAGGCGGCUAAGUAUAAGGAGGGUGUGGAUGAGGCUAAAUUGCCGCUCUACAUCACUGCCAUUCAGGAUGAUGACUCUGUUGUUGACAAAUUCAUUCCUUCCGCAUUGCCAUUGGCUAUUCACGAGUUGGAUGAAACGCAUGUGGGGAAGUUCUCCUUCCGUGGAAAAGUAACUGUCGCUGAGGUAACCUCUCUUGUUGUCGCUUCCAUCUUGACAUUUCUCAAUUUUUCUCUGAUUCACUAUCAAUUAUGUGAUGAACGAGGAGUAGAAAAUUUGCUAGUAAUUCUCAAGACCCAAUUAACUCAUAAAAAUGCCCUGAUUGCGGCAUUAAUGUUAGCCUUCAAUGCAACGCCCUCCUUCUACAGUUCAAAUCUCAGUAGUCGAGCUAAGAAGGGGCGAUCCACCGACCAGGAGGGCACUUCCCUAGCUGAAUAUACUGGCCUCUCGGGUGCUCAAAUGGGCCCAACCCCACUAGCAUUGGAAAGGGCCUUUCAUAUGCCCUUUAUGGACUUUCAUCCGGAAGCCUUCUUCUCUGUCCAAUUGGAAAAGACUGCCUGUAGAGAUCGUGUUAUGAAUCUGUUUGCACGAAAGACCGAAGCUACAGCAAAGUCCAAAAAUCGCGCCAAGAAUUCAUCAAUGGAAAGUGAGAAAUUAAAGAGGGAUCUCAUCUCCCAGUUUUGUGACGACUAUAGUCGGCGGGCACAGCAGACAGCUCUGCGUGGACAAAUUAUUGCCCUCUAUGCCUCGCUCAUUACGGUGCUCAGAAAGGUACCAAAUAUUUGCGAGGAAUUCUUUACCAUUGGCACUAUGUACGAGAAGAAAGGUCUCGACGAUGACGCUGAGAUGGCUAAGACGGAUCCUCGAAAACUGCGUAAACGUGUACGCCGGGUGCUCUCGCUGGAUGGAACACGAUUCUACAACCUGUGGUUCAUCCCUCACUUCCUUGAGGUGCUUUUUGUCUUUCGCCAACUUGACGAUGAGGCCGCCACUCGGGCACUACGUUCCAUGUGUCGGGUGGCCAGUGCACUGCACGAUAUUGUCCACUACCUUGUGGCAUUUGCUAGACUCGGCAUCAACGGCUCGAAGCUUUCGGCUGAACAGAGGGAUCAAAUUUAUGCUAUGGCUAGUGAGACUGUGAAGACCAUGGUGCAUGAGUUGCAUCCCACCUCCUCAAUGGAAUAUGCCAAUCGUUUAGCGGCUAACGCUGCUGCAAAUAGUUCAACAGCUAAAUUGGUAGUUGCGGGUACAACAGAAUAUCUGGCCGAGAUUAACGAACAGCCUGCAGCCAUGGUCACUCCGGAGGGACUCACUUUGCCCAAUGGACAGAGCCUCCUUAUUGAUCAGGCUGUCGAGGAAAUCAGUUCGUUUGAUGGGGGUCCCAUGUCAAAUUUAGCUCAAGAAUUACGUGAAAUUCAGACUCAAAUUAAUAUGUUGCCUGAUCCACAAGAUCCGGAUCAAGUAGUGAAUCUGUUGAACGCUCGUCGGGAAUAUAUGUUCCUCCUUCUGGAUGUAUGUCUAUCUAGUGUACUCAGUGAGACCUUCCUAGCUACUGGCAAUGAGGAGGCUUACCGAGAAUUGGUAGAUGGGAGCCGAUUCCCUCUGGGUGAGAUGAGCAAUCGGUGUCAGCCAAGUCUGGAGGCCUUAGAGAUGCCCAUACCCGAGCCGCUAGAGCCUCAAGAUGAACGGGCUUGCAAACUCUAUCCUUGGUUGUCUUUCCUCAACUCCGCUGGUCCCUUCACCAUUCAGUAUCCUCGACCAACAGUUCACGGUGAGCUACUAUCAUUGAUGUUGGCUCUGGAAGAUGUCCUCGAGACCGGCGACGUGUUAGAGGCUUCAGCAGGUCAGCCACUGCCCGUCGAGGAGUACGAGAAUUUGCACUACCUCCUCGGUCGUCGUUUUCGCAAUAAGCGAAAGGAGGUCGCACAGUCGGCUCCCGUCGCGAAUGCGGCUACUCCAAGUGGAGGUGGUGGUGGUGCUAGCAGAGGUGGUGCAGGAGCUGGUGGAGGUGCCGAUGAGCCCGAGGCCAAGGAUGAUGAACCAGGGCAAUCUAUUGCAGCCGUCUCGCACCCUGCACGCACCGAGACUGCGACUAAUGUAGAGGUCAAGUUAAGCAUUGUGGAGACACCGAUAGCAGCCUAUGCCCUCAUCAAGAAGUACCUCAUCCUUCGAAAACGUGUUGAGCUGAUGAAACGAGAGUGGGGAAAACGUCGUUUGGGUCUCGAAAGCAUUGACACUGCUGCCGCCUUUAAACAGUUUACACAAGUCUACCGUCGUGAACAUCUCUUUCCUCUCUUACGAAGUCUAUCUAUCCAAUACAAACAGCCGGAGAUUUUUGCACUUGGACCGUUCCAAGAGACUGAUGUGCAAAUUUCCCCUAAAGGCAUUCCAGAGAUGGUGCUUCUACAACGACAGCUGGUCAAGCUGAUUGAAGCCUUUGAAAACUAUAUGAUUGGAGACGUUCGAAAGAUGUUGGUGAGGCAAAUUGACCUUGUAAUAAAGGAGAGAAAUCGGGAAGAGGGCAACCUUCCUCUAGAGUUGUGGAAAAAGCCAGCAAUGAAAGAAUCCCUAACCGUACAACGACCCGCAUUAGUGGAUGAAGUUCUUGAGAACCUACUGGAUGGAGCGCGUGAGGAUACGGUGAAAAAAACCAUAACGUUCGACACGGAGCAUCUCAACAAAUUUAUCCAGAAUGUCACCAUCGGUGUAAUGCGAAUGCAACGAGAGGCUUAUGAGAACUACGCCAUGUACUACGAGAACCUGCUUAAAAAUCAGCACAUGCUACUCUAUGCCAGGGAGCGUGAGGUAGCCAGCUUGCGCGAACAGUUGAAGCAGAAGGAGUUGGAGACUGAGGUCAAUGUCCAAUUUCAAAUGUCUGAACAAGCACACAACCUCCUUCUAGAGGUGACAGCCCUGCGUGCCAAGUUGGCCGAGAACGCUGACCAGACGGUACACUCGGAGGCGAAGGUGCGCGAUCAGGUGCGGCGGGAGUUCAGUGCCGCGAUGCGCAAACUCUUUGCUCUCAGCUUCGAGCAGAAGGCGCGUAUCGACGAAUACCGCAACCAUCUGCACGCGGUCACACUAAAACGCAUCUCGGAGGUGCGUGAUGAAGCUGCUCUGGAGAUGGAGCGUAUCAAGGAGAAGAGCGGCGCUAAGAGUUCUGCUGAGGAUGAAUUAGCAGAGAGGAAUCUUCGAUUGUCUCGAGAGAUCAACAAUAUUCACCAAAAGAAUAUUCACCUUCAACAGAUGGUCUCCAGAUUGAAGUCCAUGAGCACCUGGAAGGAGAACACACUUCAUUGCGUCUUUGAAAAGCAGAUGAAAGCAGUUGAAGAUCAGCGGAAUAAGAGCAAGACCCAGGUGAACCGUUUGGGUAUGCUCUCAGAGCAGCGUGUGCGAAACCUCUCCGAGGAGAUGACCAAACUACGUGAGAAUUUGAGCUCUACCCAUAAGGAGCUGGAUGAUCUUCGACGUCAGCUGGACAAGGAGCUGAAGGACAAAGUGGAGAAGCGGAAUAUUGCAGAACGCAAAGCAGCAACCGAGAAACAGAUUGCCAACAUCAAACAAAUGCAUAUCGAAAAAUUGCUGGGUGACAUCGCAGGAAAGAAUGAACACAUAGCCGAGUUGAAUGAGCAGUUGGCGGUACACGAGAAGACAAAACGUCAGGUCAUAGAAAAGGCCAUGCGUGACAUUGACAACCUGAAGAAGCGUUUGGCUGAUGAACGCAAGCUCAAAAAGAUUGCCAUACACAAAGUUGACGAUCUGCUCUCUCAGGUCUACGAAUACGAGACAGCUUUUGCAAUCAAUCAGACACCCGCACAAACAGGGAAUACUGCAAUUGUCGCCACACACCUCGGUGGCACCGAUCAGAAAGGCAUUGGUAGUGCCAAGUUCGGCGGCAUCAAAUCAGCUUGCAGGAAGUACAAUUCCUCCAUCACUGCGUAUGAUGACCUGCUGAAACGAUUCAAAGUUCCUUAUACACCUCAACAUUACUUGGAUCACAGAAGGAAGAUGGUGAUGGUUCCACGACUUCAGCAACACAUGGCACACGAGAUUCUCAAUGAACAACCACCAGCGACACACGAGGAGGUUGUGGAGGCACAAAAUCUAGAGGAGAAGCGGAAGUUCAACAUCUAG